AUGCCCCUUACAAAGAUUCGUCUUGGAUCUGUCUACCAGCAGGCCAUCCCUAGCGGGGUCAGAAGGCUAUCGACCACAGUGCCUUUACGGCAAGGAAUGACCCUAUUACAGGACAAAGAGAAUGGCUUUGGGUUUGCAAGGUCUAAUCCAAGACCAGUCAAACCGAGAAGCAAGGGCGUGACAGAGAUCCGGGGCCCGUACUAUACAUCAAGGUCAUGGGGAAGCGAUAUCUCGCAGAUGUUCUCGAAACGUAAUGAUGGGCAACCAUGUGGACGGCCUCAAGUUUGCUGGAGGUUGGUACGGUGCACACUUGGAAGACAGCGAGUACUCACCCGAAGACCAGGUUCAUUCUCCUUGUUCCCAGAGAAGCCUUUGCGCGAAUUAAUUGAUCUCGCCCACGACCAUAGUGUCUAUGUUUCGACCGGAGGCUGGGCUGAGCAUCUGCUCACUCACCCUGAUGCGAGUACCGUGUUUGACCGCUACCUAAGUAAGUGCAAGGACCUAGGGUUCGAUGUCAUCGAGUGCUCCUCUGGAUUCCUGUCGAUACCCGAGGAUGACUGGCUUCGACUAGUCGACAAAGUCCAUUCGUACAAGCUCGAGCCCAAGCCGGAACUGGGUAUCCAGUUCGGGGCUGGGGGAGAUACCUCAACCUCAGGCCUGGAAGCCAUCGGAACCUCUGAUCCUGGAAAGCUAGUCAAUCUGGGCCACAGGUUCCUCGAUGCCGGCGUGAAGCGGUUGAUGAUCGAGUCGGAGGGCAUUACGGAGAAUGUGAGCUCAUGGCGGACGGACGUGGUGUCGAAGAUCAUGAAGGAGCUGCCUCCGGAGCGGGUCAUGUUCGAAGCGGCGGACCCCAAAGUGUACGACUGGUACAUCCGCGAGUUUGGCAUCGACGUGAACCUGUUCGUGGACCAUAGCCAGAUUGUGCAGUUGACAGGCCUCCGGUCGGGGAUCUGGGGCACCGCAGAUACGUUUGCCAAGGUGGUCUCGUUCCGCUAG